GCCAAAUGGUAAUUGGGGAGACUGCGUAACACAAACUUGCAACCAGAGUGCACGCGACAGGCGCCGAAAAGGGGGGCUGGUGGGGGCAGCAGCAGCCGCUGUGGCCCGAGGCAUUGGAGCACGAACAAACAGAAAACCGGACAACACCCGUGACAAUGAAGGGGCAAGGCAGCGCCGACAAUCCCAGACAACUCCAGCUCCCAGUCUGCGUAAUACCAGAAGUAGUCGGGUGAACAGGUGAACAACUUCGGGGGGAAUUUCGGAGGGGACUUCGCUGGAACUGGAAGCAGGCCAGGGGGACGAGUUGGCGUGCGAGUGGCGCAACGUUCAUAAACAUAAACAACCUGGGAAUCGGUGGCGUUUACGCGCCAAACGAAAGUAAAAUUCAAAAGCAACAUAAACGCCCAAAUAUCAAUACAACAAAUAAAACAUUACAAAUAUUCGGUCAAGUGGCUUAGCUGCAUGCACUACUGUUGGGAAAGUUGUGGUUGAUUGUAAACGGGUAUACGACUAAGCGCCGCAAGUUCCAAAAUUGCGGAAUUCGUAACGUCAGUGCGGGCAAAAAGAGUAUGUAAAACUGGCAGCAAAAAGACUAUGUUGUCUUGGCCUUCGAUGGUUUCGUCCGACUUUUCUCUUGGCUAUCCCGGCACUUGGUAUCGAGCCAUCGUCGCUAACGGUCGCGUGUAACGGAUAAAAUAUCAAAAGCCCCGAAUUUCGGUGUUGACCAAAGGAUUUGAUUUCGAUUUCCUGCAAACAUGUUUUACACAACAUGCUGGAAGUUAGCUAUUAGUUUGGGCGUUAUCUUUUCGGCCUGCCUGACACAAGUCCACGGGGCGUAUACUCGCGAAAUUGUGAACGACAAGCUGCCGUUGCAGGAGAGGCCUUCAUGGCUACAAACGUGCCCUCGUUCCAAUCCAAAUGAGGACAAUUGCUUUCGACAGCUUUUCGAGGGAUGCUUUCCGGCUCUGGCCGCUGGAAUCCCAGAGAUCGGUGUGAAGAGUUUCGAACCUUUAAAUAUUGACCAGGUUUCGGUGUCGAAGGGAAGUGGCAACCUGGUGCUAUCCGGAGGAUUCCAAGACCUGGUCAUCCGUGGACCAUCAAAUGCUACUGUUCGACGAGCAAGCUUGGAUCUGAAGCGGCGUCUGCUGAACUUCGAACUGGAGCUCCCAAGGCUGAGAAUUCGGGCCAAGUACAACCUGAAGGGAAAUAUCCUGCUGCUGCCACUCAUCGGCAGUGGCGAUGUGGCCAUGGCGUUGAAGAACGUACACACCACGGUGUACACAAGGAUCUCUCUAAGGAAUGAAACCCGCACCGGGGACGAGAUCAUCCACAUCGAUGAAAUGAAGGUGGGCUUCGACGUUGGCGCCAUGCGAAUCCACCUUAAGAAUCUCUUCAACGGGAACGACGUCUUGGCGGCCUCAAUCAACUCGUUCCUCAAUCAGAACGGCAAAGAGGUUAUAGCAGAGCUGCGUCCAGAUUUGGAACUGGGAUUGGCCGAUAUCUUCCAUGGCCUUUGGAACAACGUUUUCUCCAAGAUGCCCACCAAACUUUGGCUGAUUUAGUGGUCGCCAGGACCUCGUUCUCCGUUUUUGUAUUAUAUUCAUAAUUUAUUUCACUUUUAAUUGUGUGCUUAUUUGUAGGCUAAUAUUUUGUACUACGA